GAUGUCUGCUGGAGGAGGCGGUUCGCUGCAGGACAGAACCCUGAACAAAGUAGCUCUGUGCUCGGCGGUGUUCGCGGGGUUCGCCUACGUGGGUUACUCCUACGCCAAGACAGCCUUCUGCAGGAAAUUAGCAAGGAGACAUGACCUGUAUGACGAGGAGUCCGAGGUGUCGCGCGUGGUGUUUCGGCGGCUGUCGCAGACCACGCAGACAGACGCCCUGCUGGGGAACCUGGAUGUGAGUAGCGCUCGGGGGAAGCUGAUCAUCCGGCCGAAGACUGUACAGGUGCGGCACUUGGAGAGGAUUCGGGAGCUAAACCUGAAGGCGCGUCAGUUUGCCGACACAUUCAUCGCCAUCCAGACUGGGAAUGGCCACGCCGGACACGCUCUCUCCCGGAACUCGGCCAUCCAUGACCCCAAGAGCCUGCAGUGUUCACCAUGGAAUUCCCCACGCCUGCUAUCGCCAGUUGACGUGAAGCACCUCAUCACGUCUAGGUCCACAGAAAACUUGACACACAUCCCCCCCGAUGGCUCCCCCUGCAGACCUAAAUGGGUGCGCAAAAGCCUGAGGCGGAAAAAACUUGAAGCGGCCAACGAUCCUGAUGGCCACCAGAAGAAGCUUGAGGAGGAGGCUAAGGCACUCUAUUCUGACUCAAGGGAGGAGCUGGCCUCGUCCCUGGAGCAUCUCACUAGCAGGGGAAGGAUAUUGACGCCAUAUGAGGCCAAGAGUCUGGUGGCCCUGCUGUACUCUGAGGACAAGGGCUUGGUGGAGCGCGCCCUGGCCACCAUUGCCAACUGUGCGGCCUUCAGUGUUAACCUGGACUUUCUACGUGAGGUUGGUUGCAUCCACCGCCUCACUGCCUUACUGCAAGACAAGGACAUGAGGUUACCCGCCGUGCAGACUCUUGGCAACGUGGUGCUGUCAGAGGAGAACAUUCGGCAGGCCAAGGACUGUUUGCCACUCCUGAUGGGGUUUGUACAGAACAGCUGGGGUGACGACGGGCUGCGGCUGGCGGCCCUGGUGGUGCUCACUAACAUUGCCACCAUCAGUGAGUGGCAUGAGUCCUACUGCCCUCUGCUGCACAGACUGUACCAGCUUGUGGACAGCACCAACCCUCACAUACAGCUGCAGAGUCUUCGGUUGUUGGUCAACUUGUCCUGCAACAGAGAAAUGAUCCCCUCCUUACUGGCAGCUGAGGGCCCCCGAAGGCUGAGUGUGCUGGUGGAGGGCGGCACGGAGGAGGCGGUGCUGCUGCGGGUGCUAACACUGCUGGCCACACUGGCACACGCUGUGGCGGAGGAUGACCUUGACCCCAGUGUUGACCUGCCCCCGGAGAAUAAGGCAGCUGCCCCUGAUACUAUAGGAGAGGGCGCCACCACCCCAAGCAUGACAGGUGACAGGUAUGCCCGGCUGUUUGGCGUCGGAGUGCGGGAUAGACUGGUGGCCAAGACUGAGGCACUCCUCACCUCCCACCACGACCCAGACAUCCAGAGGCAGGCCAACAGGCUUCACUCAGCUCUCAAGGAUACCAUGUCCUUCUGAAGUCACCACCAAGCCGGGUGACGAGCAUGUGAGGAGUUGUCGGAGAGCAUCAUUGUGGUGCUGUCUUGUACGUACUCAAUGUUUGGCCAAGUGAUAUAGUUUUGUCUUGGUACGUAUUACUACCACUACCAUUUGUUUCUUAUACACGCGUUCGUACGUAUUAAUCUCUCCAUACUCGAGCCACGUUAUGAGGUGGCGUAUUAGGCAUGACAUGUUGAUAUUCAAAGCACUUAACACCUGUAUUAUAUCCUGCUUUACCAGAAUGUGCAUGUACAUGUUUACAUAGACAUAGGGAGUAACGUGUGUUGUACUGAACGCCAGCGAGGGAUCUGAGUAUCCCUAAAAGCAGAGGCGUUGUGUAACCUAGCCUCCCUAAGUCCCUAGUCACUAUUUCAGGGACACCAUAAAUAAGUCCCACAUUUUUACAUUGUUCUCUGUCUGCGUGCCUCCCAAGUGUGGCGACCGAGGUGCAUCUGCUGGCUAGUCACUGUGGGUGGUGUGUGCGGAGUUUGUGUCGAGGUGCUGUUAGGAGGCAUUCAGCAGCUGUCCUCUCAGUCAGCGUUGGGCAAACUUCCAUGCCCCAACACCCACUAGCCAAGCCAACACUUAACUUUUAGCCUGAAAACACCAGAGAUUUCCUGUGUUAGGCUAUUCAUAAAGGUUUCUUCUCAGAUCCAAGGCCACAGAGAUUAACCAGAUACUCUGUUGAAAAACCAUCACUGCACGGAGAUGAAACCACUUACAAACUUCAUGAAAGCUUGUUCAUCUAUCACUAGAAUCAUGACAUCCUUGAAAGACUCAGUACAUCCCACAUGAAUCUUUUAAAAUGUCACAAUGUCAGAUAUAAAACUCUACACACUUGGUCGUACUAGUUGAACAUCCAGCCGGGUGAUUGUCUCACUUGGGAGGAGCACAGACGCUUGAGGGUAUGACUAAGAGAUCCCGGGUCGUGUUCAGCAGUCUAUCAAUGCGAGUGUGGCUGUUUGGAUAGAAUAGUCUCCCUCUUCCUCUCUCUCUCUCUUUUCAAGGUUCACUCAUCACUCAGUCUUGAAAUGCAUAGUGGUGAGCAGCGACUGGAAAUAUAAAGGUGGUGAAGGAAGGUGCUGGCCACUUCUCUCCAUGGCUGAGGCUCAGGAAGGGUGUCACUGCCUCCCCUUCACCAAGGCUCAAGUUUGCAUUCACUGUCUUAGGUUGAUUUUAUAUCUUUUGUGUGGAAAUUAGAGUUUGGCAGCUUUUUUUGUAAUUUUGUACUGAUUGUGUAGAAAUGUUUGAGUUUGGCAACCUUUAUUCUUUAAGCUAUUCUGUUAUUUAGCGUAAAAUUUGUAGACUUUCGCUACAGAUGGGUUUUGUAACUUUGGCAUGGAAAUUUGAGAUUGGUAAUGUUUCUUUCUCAAAUUAAACACAUCCUGUCAUUGUUAAGUGUAAAAUUUGCAGUAUUUGACCACACAGACUGCUGGACAUGACCACAGGAUUGAGGGCGGUUCGUUUCAGCCUCAGUGCCGAGGGGAGUUGGCACGAGGCACACACGCUUACUAUACCAAAGGGGGCCAGCAGUGCCAGGCUGAGGGGCACUGUGGGGCACCCUGGAAGACACUCGUCGAUGGCUAGCUGGGGGGCCACUUACUAGGGCACAUGUUGUGAAACACUCUGCUCUCUCAUCAUAGCUAUUUUCAAAGGCCACAGAGAUGAGUAGCCGUGCUCUCAAGACUGUUUCAGCUGUUAAUAAUGUAAAAAUGCUAAAUCUUUCACUCCAAUCAUAAAAAGAUAAUUAAAAACUCGUGUAACUUAAACUAGAGCCUUUUGAAAGCAGUCGAGGUGCAGGCAGAAGCGUUAAUCUUUCAUUACAAUCAUAAAAAGACCAUAAAAACCCAUGUAACUUAAACUAGAGCCUUUUGAAAGCAGUCGGGGUGCAGGCAGAAGUGUUUCAGAGUAUGGAACUAGGAUUACCUAUUGUGUUUGAGUGUCACUUGUGCCAGGCUGGUCAGACACAGCUCGGCGUCACAAGUCUGAGUGAGGCGCUCCCACACAAAGCUUGGCGAUGGCAUUUAUUGAGAGUCUUUGCUUGGUUUGUCUUGUCUUGUUUUGGUUUUGGUUUGUAUGUGUGUGUGUGUGUGUGUGUGUGUGUGCGUGUGUGUGUGUGUAUUUUUCCCAGGCAUCAUUUUAUGGUUAGUUACUUGUAGUGAUGACCAAGUAGUUUUAGUUUGUUUGUUGUUUCCUCCACACAGAAUUACUCCUCACCUAUUUUAUGUACUCCUUGUCUCCACUACCACAGUCCCCUAAAUAGGCUUAUUUGGUUGUUGAGAUCACAGUUAAUAGCCAGUGGUGGGCACAGCUAACCAGAGAGUUAUCUUCCAUAAACACCUCAUCUGCUAACUCAGAGCUGUAUGUUGCUAAUGGUGACCUGUUGACCUGGUGACCUUGUUAAGACGUGGCAGCAGCUGAUGAUGACUGCUGUCAUUUGUGAUAUGAGUGUGUGGCUUUGGUUUGGUAUUGUAGGCCCUGAGACCCUUAAGGUGCUGGAAUUUUAAUAUGUUGCAGCUUAGGUACAAGUGCUCUCUAAGUUGCAGUGUGGCAAGGUGAGGUGGUGAUCAUAGUGUGGUGAUCAUAGUGUGCUUCAAGAUCAAAAUGAACAAGUGGUAGUAAGUGUUUGGUUACUUUGAGCAAGUGGCAGCAAAGGCUUUAAUGGUGAGCUUAUUUCUCACCAGUGUGUGUUAAUAUGUACAUAUAUGUAUGUAUGUAUGUUGAUAUACUAAGUGAUAUUUGCUGUAUAAUAAUAUCUAACAUAGAAUAUACAAUGUAAAUGGACUGGAACCAACAUGUAUGAAUUUUGGGUUACCAUUAUUCAUUUUAGUAGAGGUUAGUUAAUCCUUCAACAGUUUUCAGCAUUAGUGGAAAUGCAGAUAUAUUGAUGAAAGUGAGCUUUGUUAAUGAGGAGUUGACAGAUUAGCAGCAGUGUGCCCACCACUGGUAAUGACCUCAAGUGUUGAAGCGUUCACACCACCAGGAAAGGAUCGGCCAUCAGUGUGUGGGAGGAACAGUCCUGAUGCAGCGCCUGACAGCCAAGCAAGGGACAGACAGGCUGCUCUCACUGGUGUCCUGCGAGGCGCCAUAAAGUGACAGCCUGGCGUGUGUAAACAAGGAAGUUGCUGCCAGGACUGUGGUGGCAUCUUGGCAAAGCACAGUGAAGUUAUCAAGAGGUGAUUUUUAACAAUUAGCACAAAAGACUGUGGGUUCCAUUCAGUAAACAGUAUGAGUUGAGUAUGUAAUGUUAUGGCCAAUGUUUUACCUAGUCACAAUGUAUGCCAUACUUUAUGUUAGUAUAGUUUGUGUUAGAUAGAAGCUGAUGAAGACAGCAUCCCAUGUGCCAUUAUUUCCUUUGUAACUACUUGACUAGUUUGUGCCUGACUUGGUAUGUGUGUGUGUGUGUGUGUGUGUGUGUGUGUGUGUAAAAAUCCUACAGUCACAAGUUUCAUGUUAGUACACAAACACAAAGUUGAAUGUACAUGUUUCCUCAAGUGUAGAUAUUUAGCAUUCAAUUUAUUAUGUAUUGACAGGUGCUUUCUCUCUCUCUCUCUCUCUCUCUCUCUCUCUCUCUCUCACCUUAAAACAGUUAAUUGGUCAGUAUUAUCUUCACUAUUGGUCAUUAACACCUCGAGGUCUCAUUUGUCUUUUCUCUGGUCUGUCACCUCCCGCACGUCCUUCUCUCACUGCGGCUUGUAAUGGUGUACAGCAGCCACUUGUUUCUCUUGCUGUGUGUGGCAGAAUUUCCCCUUUGAGAUGUCUGAACUAGUUCUGUCCCACCUUGGCAACACUGUCUGCAAUGGUAAUGAUCUGCUUUAUUUUUUUAAUCCAGAGAUACCUGAGAGUGAAACAUUCAGAGAUUACUUAUUUUAUUUUAUAAGUGACCCCUGGUUUGGGGUGUGUGUAAUGUGUUAGGUUUUGGUGUGUGGUGCCAUUCUUGUCUGCAGGGUGAGAAUACCUUGGCCAGAAUGAUAAAAGCUGCAAGUUAUCAACCAUUAAUGUUUUGUCAGACAUCUUCACACUGUCCUAUCACUGACACAAAAAGCCCAGCAAUAUUAAGUGCAUUGGAGGGAUGUGUGUGGAGCAAAGAAGAGGAGCAGUGUUUGACGGGUGAAUGGAGAGCAAGGAGCACCGGUGAUGCUGCCCAUAGGGCCUGUGCUGGAGGGCUGCCCUGGUGCUGUCUGGUGCCUGAGAGGGUUGGCUGUCAUGGUGCUCUACAGCUCACCCUUGUGUGAGGCUCACUGAGGCUUUGCUGUCUCCUCCAUGAAGGCUCAAGUCCUAAGAUUGUGUGUGUGUGUAUGACUUUGAGUGUAUGUGUUCAUGUGUGUGUACACCUCAUUCUCUUUCAUUGAGAGGCCAACCUAGUACACAGUGAGAGUCAGUGAAGUGUCAGUGUAAUGCGCUGGACAGCUUUUCCUAAUUCUUGGAAGAGGAAUGGAGGAAGCCAACCAUUCCACCACUGCACCAGCUUCUCUGCUUCUCACUCUAAAUAUUAACUGGGAUGCUCCUCUGUAUUUUUGUUCCUAUAAUGAUGCCAGACUUGGUGUCUUGUCUGGACUGCCUCCCCUCAGAGGUUCUUCCAGACUGGUAUAUACAGGGUGCUAAAAAUGUAUACACACACAAUGUUUAUUAUUGCAAUAUAUCACAAAUGUCUGAGGUGACAGGCACUCUGCUCCAGGCACUGCUGACAGUGCAGACCACCACUAUUACAAACAUUGGAAAUAAUUAAAUUAGAUAUUUCAGCACAAUCUCUUCCAGUGGCUUGUUUCACUUCCUUUAAUAUUGCCAGUCUUGUAACAGAGCUGAGCCUCGUGAGUCUGUGCAGUUUGGUGAAUUGUCUGUUUGAGACUUGCCCUUUUAAACUGCUGUCACACUUGAGUUGCAUCACACUUCCAGGAGACUGAAGGAUUGAUGUCCUCAUCUUAAGGCUUGUUCCCACCUUUACUGCAUGUCAUCUCUACCUGAAAAACAAGGAUAAUAUCUUGAGUUAUGGCUCUAAAUUUUGCAUUUAUUUAUUUUUUAUUUUUAGAUGCUGAGAGAGAGAGAGAGAGAGAGAGAGAGAGAGAGAGAGAGAGCACUAGUGGGAGUGUGGGUGGAGGGGUGGGCAUUUCACUAAGGUAUCACUGUUAAGUAAACACUGUGCCUCAGCUGACCCGUUUUAAUGAGGAUGUCAAUCUGACACACACACACACACACACACACACACACACACACACACACACACACACACACACACACACACACACACACACACACACACACACACACACACACUCACACACACACACACACACGUUCCUGCAGCACAGCACACACUGCACUGAACCACACACUGAACAUUUGCCUUACAACAGUUUGUCUCCUGAAUCUUUACUGAUGGUCUGGCAGUGAUACUCAUUCAGUAAAAACUGCUCUCCAAUUUGAAUUUUAACAUUUUCUCCGGCUAGCAAUCUGCAGAGGCAGGUGACUGAGGCUCCCUGCCACACCAGGCACACACUGAACACUCUGCACUGUAGUAAAGCUUAUGAAUGCAGUAGGUUGUCUGAGAUGAGGGCAAGAAAUGUCUCAUUGUGUCCCUUUCAUCGCACUGUUCUCCCAAGUCUUCCUGCUGGCCAUCUGCGAGCCAGGCAAAUGUCCCCCAGCAGGGCAGCGGCACACUCACAUUCCUCUCACCUUCCUUACAUUCCUGGACUGAUAGAUGUAUAGUAAAUAAUCAGAAAUCAAGAACACUUUUGAGGUGAAGCAUUUUGAAUAAGGUAUUCUCAACCUGUGGUGUAUUAUACACACCAACACUCCUGUAAUAUACACAUCAACUAUACUGAAUACAUCAACACUGUACUGUAUGAUACUUAAACUGCACUUCCACCAAGCCCAGUGGUCUGUCUAUCCUUGCAAGCUGGUUUUAGUUCAGUGCCUCAUUUCUUAACUGGCACAAGCUUCCUGCACUCACCAAUAUUCUGACACGUGGUGAGGCUUGCUGAAACAUAUAUUCAUUGAGUGACAUAUAUUUAUUUAUUUAUUUAUUAUUUAUAUAAGAAGAGCACUGGUCAAGGGCAAAGAAUGGAGACAGAGAGAAAAAGGGCCACUGAUGUUAAAAUGGACCAUAUUUCCUCUCGUACUCAGUAAACAAACUGCAAGGAUGGAACACAAACAGACCACUAGAUACUCACAAACUACAUAUAGUAAACACUCAAGACUGUGGCAACACUGUCAAAACACACACACACACACACACACACACACGAGUAGCACCACACCACACACUCGCAUCUUGGUGCUGUUCUGCCCCUCACACACACACACACACACACACACACACACACACAUACACAGUCUUCACACUCCUCGCAUCACUACUGUAUAAUCCACUUGUAUUUUGAUCGUGGGAAAUUUUUUUUGUACUUUUGUAUUCUCACUAACAAAUUUUUUUUUGUAUUAACUGUUGAUGUGUUUUUUACUUUUAUAUUCUUGCUGACAUACAUUUUCUUUCUCUGCUUGUGUAUUUUCUAUGUGUCUACUGUCACUGUGUUUAUUGUGUUGUCUUUUCCACUUUUAUAUCCUCACUAAUGCAUAUUUUGUCUCCUCUUGUUGGUGGUAUGUUUGUUGUUGUAUUUUCUGCUUUAAUAUUCUCACUAACGCAUAUUUUCUCACGUUCCUGGUGGUUUUUGUUGUAUUGCCUUUCCUUUUCUUGCUGUUGUGGUUUUGGUUUUGUUGCAUUUUUCCCGUUUUGUGUUGCUGGUGUAUGUUUCGUAUUUUCUGCUCGUUGCUGGUGUGUUUGUGUUGUGUUUCUCCUCCUGUUCCUGGUGUGUUUGUGUUGUGUUUGUGUUGUCAUCCUUUUAAAGCCUUUUUAGCAGCUGUGAUACUCUUGGCCAGCUCGUUUGUGAGUUGGCCUGGAGUGGGAAGGAAGGUCAGCCCGUAUGUUCCCUCAAACGUUAGGUGUUCCAUUAGUUUAGUUUGCGUCGACUCGUCACACCCGGUUCGAGCCUUGAGUUGUAUCUUCUGGAACACUGCGUCUGUACCUGUGGCGUUGUGUAAUUUGACGCUGUGUCUCUUAAGUCUGUAUCUUUAAGUCUACUGUACCCUGCAUCAGAUCUUGUGUCUCCCGCGUAUAACUCAGUGUAAAAUGGAUGUAAAUAUGAGUAAUUAUAUUCCUCACCUGUCUUAAACAUUUGUCUUAAGCCUCAAAGUUAGUGGUACAAAUGUAAAUACACAAUUCAUAUUAUUUUACCUCCUAAGCAUCAGUGACAAGUUUGCAAAUCUGAUCGUCAUAUCUCCCAAUGCCUUAAAUUAUCAAGCUUCCCUACUCCUCAGUUCACCGCGCGUCAAAGCUACGCACUUCACGGCCCAAGUCUUGUGCGGCCCCUACAUCAAUGUUGAGUCUAGUCGUAGUGUUUAGUGCUCCUACCCACCACUGUAUUUUGUCCUGUAAUUUAUGUGGCCUAGGAAUAGACUUAGUGUGUAUGGAGAAGUGUGCAGUGCUGGGAGGUGGUUGUCCCCUCAAUGUGGGCACUGCAGGCACAUGUGAUUUUGUUGUUAUUUUUUUUUAUGUAAGAGGGGAACUGGCCAAGGGCAACCAAAGUGAAAGAAAGGCCUACCAAGAGCACCAGUCCCUAUAUACAGGUGGUAUAGCUGAAGAAAGAAGAGGAGUGCUGGUCAAAAAGACUUCCUUGUGCCUGAGUUGAAGUGCUGGCUGGUGAAGACUACUGCUGCUGGGAGAAGUGACGUCACACUCAACAGUUACAGUUGUCAGAACAGUUUUGUGUUUGUGAUUAUUAGUGAAUCACAUGUCCUCCCUCCCUCCCUCCCUCACCACCACCACCACCACUUUGGCUAUCAAGCUUCUCCAGCAGCCUGUCUGGUGCUGUGUUGUGCUGCUGCCAAGCUUGUCUGCCAGAUUGGUUUGUGUACAAUCAGAAUUCCGUGAGAGGCAAUUAUGAAGUUCUUUAUUGCUUCAUGUACAGGCGGCUCACAAGUCAUCAGUUUGUUGAGUGUAUUGUCUGCUUUGGUUCAGCAGGAGUCCCUGUGUCACUGCCGUUGCCUCAACACCCAACUGUCACCCCUCGCCACAGCACCAGCAGGAGUGUGGGAGUUUGGUGUGGUUACUGAGCCACAGCACUCAAUGUCCAGAGUGUGGUGAUGCUUUUCCUUGUGACUGACUCAAGUAUUCAUGUCUUGUUUUAAAAUGUGCUGCAAACUGACUGUUCUUACACCAAAACAUUUAAUUGCAACCUACAAAAUUAUUUAUUUGUCCAUAAAAUGUACAAUAAACAAAGGUUCUGGUGAGACCACAAAGAUAGUAAUUUGUGACACUUUUAAAGAAGACGGGAAUACUUGGGCCACUCGGCAGGCAAGAGCAUCGCCUAGUGACAGUGUUUACGUGUUCAUGUACCGUUCUUGCUGCAAAGUUUCUGUGCUGCAGUUGUAACCGGAGCACAGUAGUGAGUGAGUGAGGUGCAGCUGUUAUUGUGCUCAUUCCGUCACCACUGUCUUUGUGUCACUGUAUUUCUUGCAUGAUCCACAACACAGAGAGGAAGUGUUUGCCUGGCGGAGUAACACACUGUCCGGUACAGAGGUGUGGGCAACCAGUGUUGUGGUUGGUAGGCUGCAGUGCUGAGGUGCAGCAGCAGACACUGGCCUUAGAGUGCGUCCCUGGUGAGCGCCGGCACCAGCAGGCCACACAUGCUGGUAAGGUGCUUGGUUCUCACUGCAACACCUCCUCCUGGUGAGCCUCCACUGUCCCCCUCACCACACCACCCUUGUGACAGGUGACAGUGGCUCCUGCACCAACAUUUACUACUCUCCUUCCAUGCACUGAUAACAAAAUCUACUUAUUUCCCUAGUUUUGUUUGGUCUUGGUAAUUGCCUGUGUUGCUCCAAAAUGAUGAUGUGUCUGUGGGUGUCUGCCACACCUGGCAACUGACGUGACUCAACUACUCUUGUUGCAUUUGUUGAAAUUAAAAAUUAUGGUUUCUCA